UUGAAACACGCUGCUUAUUGUGUACAUAAAAGUGUUUUGGUGUGAUGUCAAUAUGAUGUACCUUCGACUGGCUUGAAAGAACGCGCCCAAAGUUUUAAAAACAUAGAUAUAGCUCAAAUUCAUGAUCCCAUGGUUCGAGAGAAUCUGAUCAUAAUGGAUGUGGUGACAACAAAAUUCGGCAAGAGAAAGCAAGUUCAGAUAUCUAAAUCUUUAGGAAUAUUCCUCCUCCUGUUAUUCAUAGGCUGUUUGGUGGCUACGGGACUUUUAGUGUACAACUUCUCCUCUUGCUCGGGCAUAUCACAAGCAGACUCACCAGGAGUUCCCUGUCAGAACCAGGCUGAAUCAUCUCCGACGGCAGAGAGUGUUGAAGCAGAAACAGAAAGUGGAACCACAGUGCUCGCCACCACCACGGAAGAAACGAAGACUGAUGCUUUAGAAGAUUUAGAUGUACGGUUGCCAACAUCUGUCGUACCGCAUUCGUAUAAACUUAGACUAGUCCCUUUCUUGCAAGAAGGGAAUUAUAGAUUUCAAGGUGAGGUGCAGAUUUUAGUGAAUGUGACCAGUGCUACCAAUAACAUUACUCUUCACGCGGAUGACUUGUUUAUUGACAGUUUUAGCAUUACUGACGUGAAGGGUGGUAGUGUUUCCAUCAUAUCCGCGAGGGACAUAAAAAAGAAACAGUUUCUGGUUAUUGAUCUAGCCGAGGAAAUUGUUCCGCCGAAUCAGUAUUAUAUUCAUCUUAGGUUUAUGGGGACGUUGAACGAUCUUUUGCAAGGAUUUUACAGGAGCAGUUAUCAGGAGAAGGGCGAGACAAGAUGGAUGGCUGCAACCCAGUUUCAAGCUACGGAUGCAAGGAAGUGCUUUCCCUGUUUCGACGAACCAGGACUGAAAGCCCGGUUUCAAAUCAGCAUAGCCAGAUUAAAAAACAUGACUUCUAUAUCCAACAUGAGAAAAAUUAAUAGUACCUCUGCUCAACCAGAUCUACCCGGUUACAUGUGGGACAACUACGAAGAAAGCUUACCGAUGUCAACGUACUUAAUAGCAUUCGUUGUGUCCGAUUUCGAGAGCAUAACGAAAGGAAAAAUUUCCAUAUGGGCACGAAAAGGUGCUCUAAGUCAAGCUCACUACGGUCUGGAAAUCGCACCCACGAUUCUGGACUAUUAUGAGGAGUUCUUUGGAAUCAAGUAUCCUUUGCCGAAACUCGACAUGGUAGCCAUCCCAGAUUUUUCAGCGGGAGCGAUGGAAAACUGGGGACUGAUCACAUACAGAGAACCGGUUUUAUUGUACGAAAAAGGAGUGUCCAGCCGAUCAAGCCUGCAAAGGAUUGCCCAUGUGGUGGCUCACGAACUAGCCCAUCAGUGGUUCGGAAACCUAGUCACGCCAACGUGGUGGACAGACCUUUGGUUGAACGAAGGUUUCGCUACGUAUGUGGAGUUUCUGGGAGCUUACGCAGUUGAACCAAAAUGGAAGGAUCCAGACUUGUUCUUGGUGAACGAACUCCAUGGGGCUUUUGCUCUAGAUGCCUUGAGUACAUCACAUCCGAUAUCUAUUAAAGUGAACAAUCCAGAUGAAAUAAAUUAUAUUUUCGACAGAAUAUCGUAUUCCAAAGGUGCCUCAAUCAUACGCAUGAUGCAGUACUUCUUGUCCGCUGAAGUUUUCCAUAAUGGGCUCAACAAAUACCUCACCAGCAGGAUGUAUAGCAACGCCGAGCAAGACGAUUUAUGGACGAUACUGACAGUCGUCAGUCACGAGAAUGACGUUCUGGACCCGGAAGUCACUAUAAAGGAAAUCAUGGAUACGUGGACAUUACAGACAGGAUAUCCGAUAGUCACAGCUACCAGGAAUCGAACAGAUAACUCUGUGAGUUUAACCCAAGAAAGAUUCUUCCUGGACAAAGAUAAAAAAGUCGAUAAUAGUCUGUGGUGGAUUCCGAUUACAUACAACGAUAGCAAGGGCCAGUUCAGAAGCACGUGGAUGCGAAAGGAGCCAGAGAUAACUCUUUCAAAUGUUAUUCUCGACGACGACGAUUGGUUUUUGCUCAACAUUAACCAAACGGGUUAUUACAGAGUCAACUAUGAUAGAGACAAUUGGCACAAGAUAAUAGAACAACUGCAAGAACCAAAAGGAUUUGAGGUAUUCGACCCGAAAAAUAGGGCGCAGCUGUUGGAUGAUGCUUUGAAUUUAGCUUUCUCUGGGUAUAUCAGCUACGAUAUUGCUUUGAAUGUAACUUUGUAUCUGGUUAAUGAAAGGGAAUAUGUUCCUUGGAAAACUGGCAUGGAUAGCUUGGAUUACUUGUAUGAUAUGUUUGUCCGAACAGCGCACUUUGACAAGUACAAGUCUUACAUUCUGCACCUAAUUCGAGAUUUCUACAUCGAGCUUGGAUUCAAAGAAUCAGCAGAUGAUGAGCCCCUAACGAUCCUUAGUAGGACGGAUGUCGUUGGAAAAGCGUGCCUUCUCGGAUAUCGGGAUUGCAUCAUAAAGGCUGUACAAAAAUUCCAAAACUGGAAGAACUCCGCUAAUCCAGACUUAGAUAACGAUAUAUCCCCAGAUCUAAGGGAAAUUAUCUACUGCACUGCCAUAAGCGAUGGUGGACAGGAAGAAUGGGACUUUGCCUGGCAACGUUACCUAAAUACCAACGUCGCCAAUGAGAAAGAGAUCUUACUGACAGCCCUUGGUUGUUCCAAAGAAACCUGGAUACUUAGCAGAUAUCUAGAGUGGGCGGUAAUGGACAGUUCAGGUAUACGAAAGCACGAUGCUCCAAGAGUAUUCGCUUCUGUUUCCGAAAAUCCCAUCGGGCAGGACUUGGCCUACAGGUUUUUGAAAACGAACUGGAAUAGGAUAAGAUCAUAUUUGGGUCCCUCUUCAAUGUCACUCAUAAGCAUCGUGAGGACUUCCACCGCCCACUUCAACACCGAAGAAGAAGUCAACGACUUCAAGUCCUUCCUAUCGAGAAGAUACGACGAGUUCGGGAUAGCUUUAAGGGCGGCACAACAAUCGAUCGAACAGGCGGAAGCCAAUGUAAAGUGGAUGAACACUUACUUCGAUAUGAUAGUCAAGUGGAUGGGGUCUGUUGGGCGAUAGGCAGGGCAGUGACAGUGUUAUUGCUUCCUGUUGUUGGUACCACUUCUGAUUUCGAGUGUUUAUUUCAUUGUUUAAGUGCAGACGGUGGCAGCAAGGCAUUGGAGACUCCAGGAUAUCGAGUUAAUUUACUUGUAAAUUUAGGUUAACAGGAUAGAAGACGUUUCUUUAAAUGUACAAAUUUAAAAAUGCAAAAUUUAUUGUAGUUUUCCUUCGGGUAAUAGCAAAAAUGUAUUACUUCGCGAUAAUCUUACAUUUUAAAAAUAUAUGAGAUGUUCUAGUAAAUUUAACUUACGUGAUUACUAUGCGCUGAAAAAUAAGAGCACAGGGAGUGUUUACAGACUUAAAGGGGAUAAGGAUACGAAAACUGGAUUGACAUUGGAAAUGUUGUUUGCAAAUAGAAUAUUUUUUAAUAUCUACUGACUGGCCAUAAUAAUAAGGAGAAACAUUUUUGGAACCACUGACUCCAUCCUUAGCUCUUUUUACAAGCGUUUACACUAACCUUAACAUAUAAAGACACGCAGUAAACUCACAGAUUUCAUCAGCUGAAGCAGCAUUUUCAAUGAGUUUUAACAAUUUUGUCGUUUUGUUUACUGAAAAUGCUUAAUCCCCUCCAAGUUUGAAAACACACUGUAUAUAGUACAUGAAAUAAAACAUAUUAUCAGCUUCUAAAAGUAUAAAUUUAUGAAGCGUUUUGUGUAAAUUUUUUACAAAAACUGUGACAGAAACUGAAUUUAAAAUAGAGUUGAAAUAAUUUAUGAUUAUGAUUAAUAAAUGAACUUUGUGUGUAUAUGUAAUAAUAACGGACUACCUUUAUUAAAAAUAGUGUGAAAAUAUUACUUAACAUUGUAAAGAUUUAUAUUUAUUUUUAUUAUAGAUUCGUAAGACGUGAAAAUAAAAUAUUUGGAGAUAAAGACGUUAAUGUUGUCUGAAACACAUAAAGUAGAUACCUAAUUAGAUAAAAGUUAAUUUAAAACUUACGUAAAAUUAAGAUAAAUAAAAAAGU